GUAGUUUGAAGGUCUUUGCUUAUAGUAGGAGUUUGGAUAAGGUUGCUUGUUCACUGUGAAAAUGGGUGUUAAAAUAGAGGUAUUUCGAAUGAUGCUGUAUCUCUCCUUUCCUGUGACCAUGUUUUGGAUCUCAAAUCAAGCAGAGUACUUUGAAGAGUAUAUAGUGAAGAGAAAGAGGGAAAUCUUCCCCCCCGACGAGGAAUCGCAGAGAAAAGAGUUGGAGGACUUCAAAGAGCGAAUGCGUGUUCGUAAGGAGCAGCGGCUAUUAAAAAAUAUUCCUCUAGAAUCUGAGAACUGAAAAUUACAUGUUGAAGAAAAUGAUUUUCCACCCUUUACCAAUGAUACCAACUGUCUGGCAGUGAUUUUGAGGCCCAAGGAAAAAAGUUGGACUGGAGUAUGCCCAUUUCAUGUUGGAAAUUUCUGCUAGAUUAACUCUUCCCAAAGAUGCGCUGGGUAAUAAUUAUUUAUGCCUAAUAAGUUUAUUGUGCUUUCAUUUGUGUGCAACUUUUUUUUCCCCCACAUGGUUUUUCAAAUGGUACAAUUGUUUUCUUAGCUGUUGUUUUUACAUUGCCUUAAAAUAAAUACUGAGCUGCACAUCAGA